AUGCCAGACGCAAUAUUCCGGGCACGGAUGAGUGCGGAUCCGAUAGUGAGAAGUAAGUUGGAAGAAGAUGAGGCAGCUUAUUGUACUUGGAAGACACUCAAUCUCUUCAUCGGCUCCUGGAAUGUCAACGGACGCCAGGACUCUCUUCUUCGUUUGGACUCGUGGAUCCGUCCUCCAUCUGGACAUCCGCCGGCCGACAUCUACGUCUUUGGGUUUCAGGAGUUGGAUCUAAACCUAGCAGGAAUGGCAAUGAAUAAGCAAUCAGCCUCCCCAUUCGAGAGCAAGUGGCUCUGGCUACUGGAGACCUCCAUGGAGGGUCUUUUGAGUUUGCCCUCAGGACACUCCGUAACAAUGCGUCGAUGGACAAAGCGAAGUGGUGGCGGUUUUAAGCGCCUCUCUAUCGUUCGGUUGGCCGGCCUCCUCCUCGUCGUCUACGUCUCCAAUCGCCUCAGUCAGCAGGCUAUUAUCUCAGACAUCGCCGUUCAAUCCGUACCCACGGGCAUGUUCAACCUCAUGGGCAACAAAGGAGCUGUGGGAUUACGCCUAACCGUCUACAAUCACUCGCUUUGCUUCCUCAACUGCCACUUGGCUGCAGGUCCGGCCAGCUGUGAGAGGCGAAAUCAAGACUAUGGAGAAAUAAUGCGUAAAAUGAUGUUUGAGCGACGCUCGUUGCAGGAGGUACCGCAAUAUAGUCUUGUCAACGAUCAUGAUCAAGUUUUUCUCUUCGGAGACCUAAACUAUCGCCUCAUUGGACUGGAUGUGAACGAGAAUCUGGCCGCAAUAGCACGGAAGGAUUUUGGAUUGUUAGUCAAAUUUGACGAGGUAGACAUACCUGCUUCCAACCCACCACCUUGGCUAUCCCCUUCUUCUCCCUCUACUGCCUUCUCCUUUCAGCUGUUGCAACAACAGGCCCAAAGACGUGUGUUGCAGGACUUUUCGGAGGGCAAAAUCACCUUUCCCCCCACCUACAAGUUCGAUCUCACCUCCAACUCCUACUACAUUGCGGAUGGUCGAGUACCGUCGUACUGUGAUCGAAUUCUCUGGAAGGGGAAGUAUGUGGAUCAACUUCUCUAUCAAUCGCAUGACGACUUCUGUUUGAGCGAUCACAAACCUGUCUCAGCGUACUUCAAAAUUGGUGCGCGUUGUGUGAGCCAACAACUUUUCAUGCGUGCCUACGAGGCGGUAAUUCGGAGUCAAGAUCUCUUCUACAACAUGCUUCUGCCUCAGGCCAGUCUCAGCUCGCAGGAAGUGGAUUUUGGACCGAUUCAAUUUGAGGAUAUUCACACUCAAACCAUCCGUCUCACAAACACCGGUCACUCGAGUCUUGAGUUCGCCUUCACCCAAGAGGGACCUGCCGCCUUUCCACCCUGGCUUCAUGUUGCUCCGCUCAACCAUCGGGUUGAAAAGGACUAUCUCAAGACGCACUAG